GUCACACCGCAAAAGCAAAAAGUUUCUUUAUUUAUUUGGUAAUUAUUCGUUACGCGGUAAUUAACGCGAUGCAAGUGCAGCAGGAACGUGGUAAUGAGCGUUUUUGCCACUGAGGUGCGCGCGUCGGCCGUCCAGAAAGUGCAGAAAUCGCGCGAAGUGCGCGAAGUCCGUCCAAAAGCAGAAAAGUGCCAAGAAUAGCUGAGAUCGAAUCAGAAUCCAAAUCGCAUCGAACCAGCGAUGGAUGUGGUGUGUGUAAUGGAUACGUCGGUGGGCGACCAUCUGGAUGAUCGCCUCUGUGCUCUGGAGGAGAUCAAGCAGGCGGUGCAGUCGGCGGGCGCUAACUUUCAGCGGGUUCAGUUCGAGCGCCUGGACUUUGGGGAGACGAAUGUGCUGGAGACGUUCUACAACGCCGAUGUGGCUGUCAUCGAUCUGAGCAUCCUCACCCAGCAGCGACCGCUGUCCUAUCACUACGGCGUGAGGGAGAGCUUCGGCAUGAAGGAGAACAUCCUCACCUACAACGAUAUCGAGUCCAAGCAGACGCUCAGUCUCAAGCUCUCGUGUGCCAACUACCUGUUUCUAAGCUACAAGCGGAAUGCAGAGACCAAUUCCUGCCACCUGACCAGUCAGCCCAACAGCAACAAUAACAACAAGGAGCCCGCCGCCGACGGACGAGUGCCCACUUUGCAGUGGCGCCUCAAACGGAAGCUGCAGGAUGUGGAGAUCCAGUCGAAAGCCCACAUGCGUGAGAAAUUUCUGAGUGACAUGCGAACGGCGCGGGACACGUACGCCACCAACGGCGCCAAGCUGCAGAGCAUCUUGCACGAGAUGCGGAAGCGUCUGGACGACCCUCAUGUCCUCUCCGGCGAAGUGGUACACAGCUUCAUGUGCUCGCUGAGGGAUGUGCAGGACUACGAUGCCAUGGUGAGGCUGGUGAAUGACCUGAAGAACAUACCCAACACCCGGAAGUACGUAGAGACGGGCAACAUGAGUUUUUUGUACGCCUUCGCCCUGAACCGAAGAAAUCGGAAGGGAGACCGUGAAAAGGCUCUGGAAUCUUCACUGAAGGCGCUGGAAAAGAAGGAGAACCACUUUCCGGACAUGCUCUGCUUGUGUGGCCGCAUCUACAAGGACAUCUUCGUGGAAUCCGAUUACACAGACGCCACCAGUUUGGCGCACGCCAUUAAGUGGUACCGCCAAAGUUUUGAGGUGCAGCCAAAUGAGUAUGCAGGCAUCAACCUGGCCACCCUGCUGGUUAUCGAGGGCAAGGAGUUUACCAACACGGAGGAGUUGCAGCACAUCGGCAUGACCUUGAACAAUUUAAUUGGCAAAAAGGGCAGCCUAUCCUCGCUGAGUGAGUAUUGGGAUGUGGCCACUUUCUUCGAGAUCUCCGUUUUGGCCAAGGACUACGCCAAGGCGAUUCAAGCUGCCGAGUGCAUGUUCAAGCUAAAGCCACCCAACUGGUAUCUGAAGUCCACCAUCGGAAAUAUCUCUCUUAUUCAUCGGUUUCGAAAGAAGCCCGAGGAGCGCCAGCCGCCCAUCGAGGAGCAGGUGUUCCAGUUCUGGAUGGACUUCUUUCUGGAGGCCACCAACACCGAGGAGGUGAAGAACAGCAUUCGUUUUCCGAUUCUGAUCCUCGAGCCGCAGAAGAUUUAUAUGCCCAGUUAUGUGACCAUUAAUAUGGAUGCGGAUGAAAAGUCCAUUCAGAUUGUGAACAACUGUCUGGCCCACGCAAAGAAUGCGUGUAAGAAAAUCCACGACUUCCUUUUCGUGGCAUCGAAGAUCAAGUCCGUCAGUCUUUACAAGCGCGAUGAUCGUUGUGCCUACUUGUACGUCCAUCACAACUCAGAUGAUUUUCAAAUAUAUUUUCCCUCCACUGAGCGGCGACAAAAGUUCUACGAUUUGAUCCUAGAGAUGACUGCUGAUCAGGUGGUGUUUGUAAAUCUCAGCAAUGAUGACGCUCAAAUCGAGUACGAGUACGACUACGAUGAGCAGAACCGCAAAAUGGUGCUGGGCAAAGGCACUUAUGGCACAGUGUACGCCGCCAGAGAUAAGCAGACGCAAGUUCGAAUCGCCAUCAAGGAGGUGCCGGAAAAAAACUCCCAGGAUGUGCAGCCACUGCACGAGGAGAUUAAGUUACACUCUCAGUUGCGACACCGCAACAUAGUUCGCUACUUGGGAUCGCGCUCGGAGGACGGCUUCUUCAAGAUCUUCAUGGAGCAGGUGCCGGGAGGCUCGCUCUCCGACCUCUUAGAGACCAAAUGGGGUCCGCUCAAGGACAACGAGUCCACCAUGGCUUUCUACUCCAAGCAGAUCCUCGAGGGGCUAAAGUACCUCCACGAGCAGGACAUUGUUCAUCGCGAUAUUAAGGGUGACAACGUGCUGGUUAACACGUAUAGCGGCGUGGUGAAGAUCUCCGAUUUCGGCACCUCUAAGCGGCUGGCCCGCAUCAAUCCGAUGACGGAGACCUUUACGGGCACCUUGCAGUACAUGGCGCCGGAGGUGAUUGACCAGGGCGUGCGCGGCUAUGGCCCGGCGGCUGACAUCUGGUCCUUUGGAUGCACAAACGUUGAGAUGGCCACGGGAAAGCCACCGUUCAUCGAGUUGGGUUGCGCCCAGGCGGCCAUGUUCAAGGUGGGCUACUACAAGAAGCAUCCGAACAUACCCGAGGAGCUGUCCGCCAACGCAAAGAACUUUAUUCUACGUUGCUUCGCCAUAAGCGUGAUGGACCGACCCUCCGCAUCGCAACUUCUGGAAGAUCCCUUUUUACAAGAUAAACCUCGCAAGGUGCGCCCAGCCUUGCCCAUCAAUACUGAGUUUGGACGCAGUGUUUCGGUGCCGGCUGAUCGAUUUGUGCACAAGACCACACCACCGCUGAGCUACAACACAACCUGCAAUACGCCCACAACGCCGGAAUUGGACAUAACUCAUACAUCGUCCGUAGACAUUGAUGAGCUCCCCAGCAAUCAGUUUAUGCUUGAGCGUCGAAAUUCCCAUGGAUUUUUGCUAUCGCCAGAGAUAGAACCCUCCACUCCGUCCUUGCGUACGAGCAUCAGUGAGACGAGCGAGACUGACGGUUUUUACAGGCUAAAAAAGGAUUCGCAGCGGCGAACAACGCUAUCCAAGGUGCUGGCACUAGAUGAAUCCAAAAUCUGCGAUAUUUGGCUGAAAAAGGUCGACGCCGAUCAGCACUCGAUUGCGAUUAGGAAGAGCGAUUUGGAGGUGUUGAUCCGAGGCCUGCGGGACUACAUAAUGAACGAAAACGAAAAGCAUUUGGAGGCGACUAUCAACGAACUGAAACAAAAGCUGAACAACGACGCAGUGGCUUUAGACCAUCUGCACUUAGCGCUGUACUCCUUUCAGGACGCCGUGGUCUGCGUACUGCGGUACCACUGCAUUAAACCUCACUGGAUGUUUGCACUAGAUAAUCUGGUGAAGCGGGCCGUCCAGGCGGCGGUCACGAUUUUCUCUCCUGAACUGGGUGCCAAUCUGGCGGACAAGGACCUGUCGGGAAAUGAUGAUGAGAGCUUGCACACAAGUCUAAUGCAGCAGGCUUCCACCGAGAGCCAGGAAAAGCAGAGCCUGGAAAAAAUGCUACCCACGAGCAGCACUCGCGAAGGUGUGGGACUAACGCCUGCGGAAUCGGGCGGGGAUGCCCUGUCCAGUUCAAUGGAGUGCGCCCGCAUCCUGAGAGACAUCCGUGACAAUCAACAAAAGCUGCAACGCCAGCUCCUUGAGCAGCAGCGCCAGAGCAUGAGGGCCCUGCAUAAUAUCAGCCAGGAACUGGCUCACAUUUACAUGGGCGGCAGAAAGAGAUUAAGACGUACUAUCAACGGCUUUAACAAAAAGUGCCAUAGAAUGAGUCCCAGUGUGGGCGGAACGUCCGGAGUCCGUACAAAUACAGCGAGCAAUCCCCGGAGGCAGCUUAAUAAGCAUCACUUUGGCCUUCACGAAAUAGACGAGCAGUUGGAGCAGUGGUUGACCCAGCAUGAAAUAGACGAAUUCUCAAAGACGCUCAUUCUGAAUGAAGGAUUUACAUUUGACGAUUUUAUCUAUAACAUGGAAAAGCUGGACCUCAUGAGGCUGGGACUGCGUGUUGGCAUCGAAGUGCGCUUGUGGAAACUCAUUAUACAGGAACGCGUCUGCACCUCGUCCGAUUGUGUGGACAGUCCCCCAAGCACUUACCACAAACCCAUUGGAGGCAAUAGCUCUUUUGCGCUAAUUGAUAACAACAAUACGCUACCAUCACCCACAACCACAACUCCCGGAACGCCAGGCAUCAAAACGAAAAUAAAAAAAAGCGAAAGCGAGUACGAUUCUUGCAGCGAGUGACUGGAGUUGGAAGAUUUCUAAGUUGUGCCUUUACAGAUACUACUGAUUAAUUGUUAAUGUUCUCCAUGUGCUACUAACCGCUGCGAGGCUCAGCUCAAUGAGUUUCCAGCAGCUCUGGGUAAAAUUCUCCCAUGCUGACUCAUGUCCUUUGAACUUUGAGUUCGAAAAGACGUUGUCUGUGUGUCCAGUUUUUACAAUUGCAUGUUAACUUAUAAAAAUGGAAUUUAAGUGCCUUUAAUUUAAAAAAAAAAUGAAAUAGAAAAUAUAUUGUGAAGUGCUUUGCAGAAA